AUGCCUUCUCCUCCUCCCGCCUGGGUCCAGGCGUUGAAGCCGGCCGGCCCGCAAGGCUCCGAGCUGCUCGCCCAGGAGCGCGCCCAGUCCAACGUCGACGUUGACAAAUUGGCCGAAUUAUUACAUACCAAGAAGGCAUUGGACAGGCAACAGCAAAUUCUGUCCAUCCUGGAGUCGGACAAGGUGUUUGAUAAAUCAGAGAACUACACUUUGGGCCGGACAGAGAAGAUUCAAAGAGCGUUGGCCAAGGCGAAGCGUCUGCAGCAAUUGGCAGUGCAACACAAGUGGUCUCAAGAUGACUACUACAUGGCCAACGAGCUCUUGUCGGAGCCAACUCCCUAUGGUCUCCACGCCAGUAUGUUCUUGGUCACUUUACGGGAACAGACUACCCCUGAGCAAAAGAAGCUCUUCCUUGAACCAGCUUCGAAAUACGAGAUCAUUGGAUGUUACGCACAGACGGAAUUGGGCCAUGGUUCCAACGUCCGUGGCUUGGAAACAACAGCCACUUGGAACCCUGACGACAAAACUUUCACAAUCCACUCUCCUACCCUGACUGCCUCGAAGUGGUGGAUCGGCUCUCUGGGUCGCACUGCCAACCAUGCCGUGGUUAUGGCCCAGCUGUUCAUCGGAGGCAAGAACUAUGGCCCCCACCCGUUCGUUGUCCAGAUUCGUGAUCUGCAAACCCACCAGCCUCUGGAGAAUAUCUACGUCGGAGACAUCGGUCCUAAGUUCGGCUAUAACACGAUGGACAAUGGUUUCCUGCUGUUCAACAAGGUCAAGAUUCCUCACGUCAACAUGCUGGCCCGUUUCUCCAGCGUCGAUAAAGAGACCAACAAGUAUCUGCGCCCGGCGUCUCACUCGCUCUUAUACGGUACCAUGACCUGGGUCCGCUCCAACAUUGUGCUGCAGGCCGGUAGUGUCUUGGCUCGCGGCGUCACCAUCGCCACCCGUUAUUGCGCUGUCCGUCGGCAGUUCCAGGACCGCGAUGGCGGUAAAGACGCUGGAGAAAACCAGGUCCUGAACUAUAAGAUGGUCCAGAUCCGUCUCCUUCCUUUGCUCGCUUCCAUGUAUGCUCUGCACUUUACCGGUCGCGGUAUGAUGCGGCUCUAUGAGGAGAACCAGAAGCGAAUGAAGGGCGCCGUUGAGGCUGGUCAGGACAAGAGAGGCGCAGGCCCUGAGCAGCUUAGGGCCGGUGCCGACCUGCUGGCAGAUCUCCACGCCACUUCCUGCGGACUGAAGGCACUCGCUAGUACCACUGCCGGAGAGGGUCUCGAAAUUUGUCGUCGGGCUUGUGGUGGCCACGGAUACAGCAAUUACAGCGGCAUUGGACCGUGGUAUGCGGACUACCUUCCCACGCUGACCUGGGAGGGUGACAACUACAUGUUGACACAACAGGUUGCAAGAUAUCUCUUGAAAUCCGCCCGUGCCGUCCUUGCCGGAAAGGGAACCAACAACGACACGUCCCAGAUUCUGCAGACAUAUCUCUCUCGUCGGGAGAAGGGCGCUUCUUUUGACAUCCUGGAAGAGGACAAGGACAUUGUUGCUGCCUUUGCCUGGCGUACCGCACAUCUCACCUUCGAGGCCCUGAAGCGCCGAGACGUUGAGAAGCGGUCAUGGAACAGCCUGCUGGUCGACUUCUGGCGACUGUCGACCGCGCACUCGCAGUACCUCGUGGUCAAGAACUUCUACGAGGCGGUCACUUCGCCCCAGCUGACAUCCGAGCUGGAUCCUGAGACUGUGACCCUGAUGCACAAGCUCUUCCGCCUGUACUCUCUGCACACUCUCGAGCGUGAGGCCGGUGAGUUCUUCUCGUCCAGUGCCGUCACCACCCGCCAGAUCUCGCUGGCGCAGUCGAACGCUGUGAUGAAGCUUCUGGACGAGAUCCGGCCCCAUGCCGUUCGUCUCGUCGAUGCCUGGAAGUUCCCUGACUGGCAGCUCGACAGCAGUCUGGGCCGCUACGAUGGUGAAGUCUACCCGGAUCUGUUCCGACGUGCUUCUCAGAACCCGGUCAACGACCUGGUAUUCGAUCCCUACCCAUGGAAUGAGAACGUGCUGAAGAACAGCGCACCCAAGAGCAAGCUUUAA